AUGCAAGUUCCUAAGUAUAUUGCCCGCUUAGGCAGCGAGGACAAGGUAUUUGACAACAGUCGUGAGGCGUCUUCGGCUUUAGCGGCCCCAACCAUUUUUGUUGCCAAUUUGAAUCACUGGCUUUCUACACCUGUUUAUUUACAUCGGCAGCUGCCAGCUGGAGGAGCCUGCCAUGCCUCGCGUCGCCAUGCCCUUCUCUCGCAGUCCGCCUGCAUAGGCCCCCGCCGCCUUCUUCGCCCCGUCGCCGUGACGAAGAGAGGAGAGAACAGGUUUCCAACUGCACGCCAUGAUCGACCAUCUGCUCAUUCUUGCGCCCGCCGCAUCUUGACCUGCCCUGACACACUAUGCGUUGCUCAUCAGAUCCCUAUCUCCCCGACGCCCUCCUUUGGCGGAGCAGUUACACGCCGGGCGGCCGCUGGUAGAGCACUGCGUCGCUUCCACACCGUUGUAGCGUGCCGUAUAUCCGCCGCACAGGUACUUUCGGUGCACUCUACGCUGUCAGAUGUUUCGCGCGCCCUGGAAAAUGAGGCUCCUGCCCGAGGCAAAGAGGCAGCGGCGCUCGACCCGGAGUUGCAUGAAGAUGUACCGGCUGGUCAGGAGGAAGUGAAAGCAGCCCUCUCAAGGCCAGCCCCUGUCAACAGCGACUACCUUCCCCUUCCCUGGAAGGGCAGACUUGGCUACGCCUGCGUGUGCACCUAUCUGCGAUAUGCCACCCCUCCUGUAUUCAGCUCCCGCACUUGCCGCAUAUCUUCGAUUCUAGAGCACCGGCAUCCCCUCAAGCAUCCUUCUCGACCGCCUCAUCCGACCAAGAAUCGCCCGGACCGGGAUCAACCCGCAGAUGUCGCACGAGGUCUGGCAUAUGUCCAGUCGCUGGGUCUCGCCAAUGCCCGUGAUAUCGUUAAGAUGCUUCGCUGGAAUGAGCGGUACGGGAUCAAGUUCAUGCGUCUCAGUAGCGAAAUGUUUCCGUUUGCCAGUCAUGAGACAUAUGGGUACAAGCUGGCGCCGUUUGCCUCCGAAGUGCUGGCGGAAGCCGGCCGUGUUGCAGCGCAGCUUGGUCAUCGGUUGACCAUGCAUCCGGGACAGUUCACGCAGUUAGGGUCACCCCGGAAAGAGGUUAUCGAUCGCUCAAUUCGUGACCUCGAAUACCAUUCGGAGUUACUACAGUUGUUGAAACUUCCGCCUCAGCAGGAUCGGGAUGCUGUUAUGGUACUCCACAUGGGUGGCGUGUUCGGUGAUAAGGCAGCCACGCUGGAUCGGUUUCGUGAGAACUAUAAGCGUUUGUCUCAAGACAUCAAGAACCGUCUGGUACUGGAGAAUGACGAUGUCAGUUGGUCGGUCCACGACCUUCUACCAAUUUGCGAGGAAUUGAACAUCCCGCUCGUCCUGGACUUUCAUCACCAUAACAUCGUUUUCGACGCAGAAAAGGUCCGUGAGGGCACUUUGGAUAUUAUGCAGCUUUUUGAUCGGAUCAAAGCGACCUGGACACGCAAGGGCAUCACGCAGAAAAUGCAUUACUCCGAGCCUACCCCGUCGGCCGUUACACCCCGACAACGACGGAAACACAGCCCACGAGUUUCGACCCUUCCGCCCUGUGACCCCACCAUGGACCUGAUGAUUGAGGCUAAAGAUAAGGAGCAAGCCGUUUUUGAGCUGAUGAGGAAAUUCAAGCUACCUGGCCAUGAUCUUUUUAACGACAUGGUCCCGCAUGUCCGCGAGGAUGAAAAUAAACCUUGGAAGCCGCCAAAGAAUCCUAAAAGGAAUGGCGAUUUCAUCGAUCUGCAGCAGCUGGUCCCUCCUCCACCUGCGAUCCCUGAAGAAGAGGUUGGUAUGGGUGGUCCUCAAAGACGGGUGUACUGGCCUCCGGGCAAGAGACAUUGGCUGUGGCCGGCGAAGAGCGCCGUUUCACGAAGGACAGCGGAAAUGGCCUCUAUCGAGACCAUCAGCCGAUCCGGUGACUCCCCAGACGUGGACAAUAAGGCACCUUCCAAGAAUCCGGUAGUUUCAGAUACUCCCCAGCGUUGGGCUCAGCGGACUGUAACGGCCCGUGUGGCCAUUGGGGAGAGGAAAUCCUCGCGGGAGAGCUCUCUCGUGUCGACCUCCGAAGAAGGCGCAUCGGUCUCGUCGAAGUUCUCUGAGCCUCUUACGCCAUCGCCGACAGCCACCAUGAUGACUGUCGGUGAAGUCGCGAGCUACGAGAACCGUCACGCAUAA